UAAACACACCCCAUGAAUCACCUAUUCGCAUCCAUCUCCCCACCCAAAACCCAGGUACAAGCCAAAUAUGGUAAAGGUAAAGGCUUCCCUCUUCCCUUUGCUUUUGACCCAUCUCCCGGGUUUGUCAACCCCCUGCUUGGGGAGCCGCUGAUGGUGAGUUUUGGCUAUCGGAAUCGCCCCUCUUGCAACUCGGGCUAGCUGACGUCAUUAAUGUAUAACGAGCGUUCCCCCAUCACGCACACCUUUAGCACCGUUUUGUAACACCUUUGCCUGCGAUAUAGUAAUCUCCCGAAAGAACGAACCAUUACCAACCCAGCCCAAACGCCGACAAGUACACACCGCGUGCCUAUAAAAGAAAAUUGAUUUUUGAGAAGUCAUCGUUUGUCGAUGGUGAACCGUUUAAGAGGAAGCUACAGCAUACAACUCCUUCAGUGACACAACCAUGGCACAAACCGCGAGCCCAAUUACACCACCUGAGUGGAUGAACUCGUCGUACUUCGAAAGCAUUUUGCGUAAAUCCGAACACGAUCCCGAUCUGACCGUAAGCGAUGUUGAGAUCACACCGAUUGGACAACCGGGCGAAUACCUCGCUAGCCAACCGUUCCGCGUUACGGUCGAUUAUGUGUCGAGCAUUAAACCGGACAAACAGAUCAAGCUGGUCGUGAAAACGCUGCCGGAAAAGGGUGUCAUCUCGGAGGGAUCACUACACAAAGAGCUCUUCCGAACGGAGCUUAAAAUGUACGGUGAGUAUUUGCCGAAAAUUAAGCGUGUGCUGGACGACGGCGAGCGAUCCAUUCUCUUGCCACGGUGUCUACAUAGCACCGAUAAACCGAAUCGAGUGAUCGUGCUGGAGGAUCUGGCACCGGACGGUUGGAAGGGGCACGAUUUGAUCGAAAGCUACGAAGAAGCAAAACCCAUCACCAUCGCCAUAGCCCGGUUCCAUGCAGCCUCGUAUUAUCUUAGUAAAAAUAAAACGGAUUUCGGGAGCUUCCAAACCGAUGCUUUCAAACGGAAGGAUCCGGUGGUAGAGUGGAUGUUUUCCAACAACCUGAAGGCGUUCGUCAAGGCACUGCGCACGUGGAAAGGUUUCGAACACAUUGCGGAUCCACUCGAGCGCACUAUCGAGGAUUAUCACGAGCGGCUGCACAACAUCUACUGUUGCGAAACACCGGGACGGACGUAUAACGUGCUGAACCAUGGAGACUUUCACCCGAAAAACCUUCUGCAUCAGUUCAACGAUGAGGGUGCGAUUGUCGAUUCGCGAUUUCUGGACUUCCAGGCUAGCUGCUGGUCCUCGCCAGCGAUCGAUCUGUACUACCUGCUCAACAUUAUCGUGCCGCACAAGGUGAAAGCAAAUCACAAGGAUGAUCUUAUCGCUUUCUAUCACAAAGAGUUUACUGCGGCACUGAAAGCCAUCGGAUAUCUUGGCAGCAUUCCCACUAUGGUGGAUCUGCAGACGGAACUGCUGCGAAAUUCGUAUCUCGAUUUGCUUCACCUCACCUGUUUCCUGCCGUUCCGGUACGUCGAUUUUACGAAAAUCCCACCGGAACAGCUGGCUACGGGCCAGAUUGGCAAUCCAGGACUCGAGAACGAAGAGUAUAUAGCCAUCGCGAAGGAACUGCUGCCCGGGUUUCUUCAUAAAGGCACUCUAGAGUAAGCAGGUGCAAUAUGUUGCGUUACCAUUAUGAUGUUCGUGCGAUUGGUGUCGGAGCAUAAGAAUAAUAAAAAAUAAAUAUCUUUACACCUCGAGAGUGAACGUACGAAACGUACAA